GCCGAGAGGAGGACGAUCCUGCUGCUGCACGGCUCUCUCCCAGGGCUGUGUGGCCGCGAGAUCCUGCGACCUUGGCGCGUAGCUCUUGUCUUCCAGCGGAAAGCUCCUGAUGGGCCAUGCCAGCCAGAAUCCUGCGAGCCCUGGACCAGUCGCAGCGCCUCUUACUGAAAACAUGUCCAUGCCAGAGACCCGCUCCAUCGAGGAGGCUGGGCACCGCCGUAUGCCGCACUCUGGCCGGCACACACAACCCGGCCGUGGGCCUCCCUGACCCCGCUGCUCAUGGUGUGAAUCAGCCCCAGGGCCUGGACAGGGCCCCAAACACAUCAACUAGUGCCACCAUCUCCUCUCGGAUCCGUCCCGUGCAAGGUCGAGAUGACAGCCUGCGCUUUCCAGCCGCCAAGCCUUUGGGGCUUCCCAGCAAAGUGUCUCACAGACCAAGCCUGCUGGACUCCGAGUGGUUUGUGCCAAUCCUAAAGCAGCAUUGCUCCUUUGUCUCCACGGAGACACUUGUUCCCAAGCAAGACUUCCCGCUCAAGAGACCACUCAAAGCCCCCAGGACCAAGCAGCCCUCCAGGACCAACCUGCCGGUGCUGUCCGAGAAUGAGGACCUGAUGUACUGCACGGCGUUCGCCACAGCAGACGAGUACCACCUGGGAAACCUCUGCCAAGACCUGUUGGCCCACGGAUAUGUGGAAGUCACCAGCCUGCCCAGAGAUGCAGCAAACAUUUUGGUGAUAGGUGUAGAAAAUUCUGCCAAAGAAGGAGAUCCUGGCCUGAUAUUCUUCUUCAGGGAAGGAGCGGCUGUGUUCUGGAAUGUGAAAGACAAAACUAUGAAGCAUGUGAUGCAAGUCCUGGAGAGACACGAGAUUCAGCCCUACGAGGUUGCCCUGGUGCACUGGGAGAACGAAGAGCUGAGCUACAGCAAAGCAGAGGGGCAGUCCCGACUCCACAGGGGGGAGAUCCGGUUGAAUUCUGAGCUGGACGUCGAUGACACCACUCUGGAGAAAUUUGCCUUCUCAAACGCACUCUGCCUUUCAGUGAAACUGGCUAUUUGGGAAGCGUCACUGGAUAAAUUUAUUGAAUCUAUUCAGUCAAUUCCAGAGGCUUUAAAAGCUGGGAAGAAAGUGAAACUCUCUCAUGAAGAGGUCAUGCGGAAAAUGGGUGAACUCUUUGCCCUGAGACACCGCAUAAACUUGAGCUCAGACUUCUUGAUCACCCCUGAUUUCUACUGGGACAGGGAAAACCUGGAGGAGCUGUAUGAUAAGACCUGCCAGUUCCUUAGCAUCGCCCGCAGAGUGAAGGUCAUGAACGAGAAGCUGCAGCACUGCAUGGAGCUCACGGACCUCAUGCGCAACCACCUGCACGAGAAGCGGGCGCUGCGCCUCGAAUGGAUGAUCGUCAUCCUCAUCACCAUUGAGGUCAUGUUUGAGCUGGGACGAGUGUUUUUCCUCAUCAAGUAACCCGGAAGGAGAAAUGGCAUAGCAAGCCGGCUGUGGUUGCACGUUCUCCAGUCAAAAACAAUGUCCCCGUCAGGGUGAUCCUCAAAGUAUGUAACUCUAAAAGAUCAACUGUCAUAAAACUAUCCAAAGAUGACAGUACUGCCUGAAUAAAAACGCUAUGCCUGA